UGCCUAAAGUGUAAAUACUCACGUUUGUUUUGUUUACAUUCUUUCAAGUAAUAAUAAAAUGAACAAAACAGCCAAAUGUGGCUAAUUUCCCUUCAUCAAGUUAAAAAUAAUAACAACCAUAAUGGAGAAGUAUAUAAGGCUUUAUCAAGUGGGCGAAGGAUCGUUUGGACAGGUCUUUAAAGGAAAAAAAUGUUCUGACGGUGAAAUUGUUGCGAUAAAAAUCAUACGAAAGAUCGGACGUUCGUCCAAAGAACUCCAUGGUCUUCGCCAAGAAUGCGAGAUUCAGAAGCAUCUUCACCACCCCAACAUCGUCCAGAUGAUCGACUCCUUCGAGACGGAGAAGGAGCUCGUCGUCGUGACAGAAUACGCAGACAAAGAGCUUUAUGAUAUUUUGGGACAGAGCGGAAGACUCUCUGAGGAGAGAACCCAAGUUAUUGCCUGUGAUCUAGUCUCAGCACUUUAUUAUCUUCACUCCAAUCGAGUUCUGCACAGAGACCUGAAGCCCCAGAAUGUUCUCGUGGAGUCCAACGGUGUAGCCAAACUCUGCGAUUUCGGUUUCGCGCGUAGCAUGAGCACGGGAACGCACGUAUUAACUUCGAUAAAAGGAACGCCCCUGUACAUGGCCCCAGAGCUGAUCGAGGAGCACCCUUACGACCACAACGCGGACCUCUGGUCCCUCGGUUGCAUAGUCUACGAACUCCUAGUGGGUUUCCCCCCAUUCCAAACCACCUCAAUCCUCCACCUAGUCAAGCUCAUUCGUUUCGAGGCCGUCAAAUGGCCGGAGUUCCUCUCCCCGCACUGCAAGAGUUUCCUGCAGGGUCUCCUGCAGAAGGACCCCUCGAAACGCUUGACGUGGCCUGAGCUGCUGGACCACCCUUUCGUAAAGGGAAGAAUACUGAUUCUCAAUGGAGAAAUACCGAUGACUGCGCCUUUCACAACUCCUCUAUCAGCCUCCCAAGCCCUAGCUAAACAACAGCAGCUUCAACAUCUAGCCAUGCAGUCUGCCAGCCACUCUGGAAUACUGGAGAAAGCUGUGGAGAAGGUCCAGGCGCAAGAACGUAAACUACGAGACCAAAGACUCCGAACUUGCAUGUCACAGCCCCGAUACCCCAUGACGAUGCACGGAUACUAUCCUUACACCACUGGGCAACCUUUCCACCAUCCCCUGGGGCGCAGCCAUCCCAGUGGCACCGACUCCAGCGCCAGCGUGGAUGUUCUCCUCGGGAAUUUGAGCCUCAGAGCUUCCUUGCAAAGCGAUCUCUUGGUCUUCGAUGGCGUUAAUCAGACCCUGUGUCCCUCCGAUUGCCCCAGUAUUCAGUACAACCAGAACGACGAGCUGGUCCAUCUCCCUGAAGUCAUGAAGGAGAACGUCAACCAGAACAUCCAAGCCUAUCAGAAUGUUCAUCUCUCAAACAAGCCGAGGUUGAAACAGGAGAGGAGUAGAUUGAGUGCUGAUUACGAGAGAGAAUUUGGUGUUGAAGAUUCGUCAGAGAAGAUCGAAAGGGGCUCGAGACUUCCAGACUGGGAUGCCAGGGUUGUGGAUCAACAUAUUGAGAAUGAAGAGUGGGUGGCAUUCCUACAGAGGUCCAUGGAGGAGGUCAUCGAUGGGGAGAUCACGUCUCUCCUGCAGGAGAAUUGCGUCUCGGUUUUUGUGUCGCCCCUGAGGAACUCUGGGGCUGGCUGUAAGGUCAUUGAGUUCGUGGCUUGUCUGCUGUCUCUGCCGUUUGUGGUGGCAGUUUCUAAGGAGAACCUGAGGAAGAUCGAGGAAGUUUAUCUUGAUGUGAGGGUCGUGCCCAAUCUGGUCUACGCGGUGAAGCUGUUCAUGUCUGAGAGGGGGAGCUCUGAGAGUCUUGGGGAUGAUAAUGAUGGGGAGAGCUCUAAGGGAAGGACUCGUUCUGCUUCGUCUCUCUCUGCUGACGAGCUGCAGACCAUCGAGUGCAUCAUGCUGAUUCUCUGUAGACUAGUUUACGCUAAUGAGAAGUUUUUGACUCAAUUCUGUGAUGCUGUUUAUAUUGUUAAUGGAGUGCCUUUGCUGCAGCAGUUGUAUACUUUGGAGAAGAGGAAGCCCAGGGUUGUCGCAGAUCUGGUGGCUAUUUUUAAUAAUAUUUUGAGGUCUCAACCGGAGAAUGCUGAACUCGUGGAGAAGGUCGUUUUAGGGGCUGAGGGGGCUGUGGAGCAGCUUGUCAAGUUGCUGUCGCACAGGCAGAUUGUGUUGCGGGUCAGGGGGUGCAUUUUAAUUAAGCUGUUGGCUAGGUUUUGCUGCAGGGCGCUGCAGCAGAUCUGGGGGAGGUCGUUGAAGAAUCUGUUGGAGGGGCUCGUUAUGGAUGAUAAUGAGGGCGUCAAGAAGAAUGCUGAGGGGGCUAUUGGGGAGCUCAAACAGUUGAAUUAUUAUGAACAACAAAGCCCCUGUUAGUUGUAUUUAUAGUUUUCUAAGGGUUGUAUUGGAAUUGGAAUAGAUAUUUUUUUAUUGGUGAAAUUUGGAGCAUAUUUUAUUAUCACUAGCGCAUGGUGGAAUCGAGAUUUGGGCGAUAAAUGAUAGAAAAGUCCAGAAUGAUGAAAGGCUCUCGUAGGUAACCUCCAAAUCAAUCGAGAAGAUUUCAUAAAUUUUUAAGGUAAUUUUACGAUAAAAUCAGGAAAAAUUAAUGUAAAAAUUCCCUCGCAGAAAACUGCUGCAUCGGACUGGAGCUUUUUAUAACUUUCUAGAACCUUCUAUGUAUUUUCGGAGAAACAGAUGUCUCAAACUAUAUAGAAUAAGAUUUUUUUCACCAUCAUUGUUCUAAGGAAAUCUUUGUGGCAUUUAUUCGUGUUUUAUACAAGCGUUUUCUAGUUUUCUUUCAUUUGG